ACAGACGUCACUUCCGCCCUUCUUCCGUGUAUAAGAAAAAUAUAGGAAAACAUCCUGCGGAUUACAUAAUUGAGAGAUGGUGUGAGAGCUUAGGUAUCUGCUGAAUCGGGUGAUUUACUAGCAAGGAGUAUGGAGACUUUUAAAUCAUCUAUGAUGCAAGUCAGCUUUGUGUGUCAGAGGUGCAGCCAGCCUCUGAAAUUGGACACAUCCUUCAAAAUCCUUGAUAAGGUCACCAUGCAGGAAUUGACAGCUCCGCUAGUGACGGCAACUGCUGUAAAACCUGAUGACCUUCAGGAAGAGGAUUCAAACACAGCUGAGGAAACCUUUACAGAAAACAGAUUGGAUGGAGUGUCCCGGAGACUGAUCCCACCUGCCAGAAUGAUGUCAACAGAAAGUGCCAACAGUUUCACCUUAAUAGGAGAAGCUUCAGAUGGAGGCACCAUGGAGAAUCUCAGCAGAAGACUGAAGGUGACAGGAGAUCUGUUUGACAUCAUGUCCGGACAGACAGAUGUGGACCACCCCCUUUGUGAGGAAUGCACCGAUACACUUUUAGACCAGCUAGAUACUCAACUGAACGUCACUGAGAAUGAGUGUCAGAACUAUAAACGCUGCCUGGAGAUUCUGGAGAGAAUGAAUGAGGAUGACAAGGAGAUGUUGGAAGCUAAGCUAAAAGAGCUUGCAGAAGAUGAGGAAAGACUGAUACAGGAGUUGGAGGAAGUGGAAAGGAACAGAGAAAAGGUGUCUCAGGACAUUGAAAAGGUGCGAGAGGAAGCUGAGAGACUGGAGCAGGAGGAAGCUCAGUACCAGAGGGAGUACAGUGAAUUUAAGCGACAACAGCUAGAACUAGAUGAUGAGUUGAAAAGUGUGGAGAAUCAAAUGAGAUAUGCCCAAAUACAGCUGGACAAGCUAAAGAAGACAAACGUGUUUAAUGCUACGUUCCACAUAUGGCACAGUGGACAAUUUGGAACCAUUAACAAUUUCCGCCUUGGGCGUCUACCCAGUGUGCCUGUGGAAUGGAACGAAAUAAAUGCAGCCUGGGGACAGACGGUUUUACUACUCCAUGCACUGGCUAACAAGAUGGGACUGCAGUUUCAAAGGUACCGCCUGGUCCCUUUUGGAAACCAUUCUUACCUAGAGUCUCUAACUGACAAGUCUAAGGAGCUACCGUUGUACUGCUCAGGUGGUUUGAGGUUUUUCUGGGACAACAAAUUUGAUCAUGCGAUGGUGGCUUUCCUUGACUGUGUGCAACAAUUUAAAGAGGAGGUGGAAAAAGGAGACACUGGUUUUUGUCUGCCCUACAGGAUGGAUGUGGAAAAGGGGAAAAUUGAGGAUACAGGAGGAAGUGGAGGAUCCUAUUCUAUUAAGACACAGUUCAACUCUGAGGAGCAGUGGACUAAGGCCUUAAAAUUCAUGUUAACCAAUCUGAAGUGGGGGCUUGCUUGGGUUUCUUCCCAGUUUUAUAACAAGUGAUGAUUUAAAGGGCUCAUGGUUAGAAAAUACUUCCACUCAAGUUACAUUGAUUUUUAAUGAUUCCCAAAACCAGGAAGUGAUAUUGGAGCCACCCCUUUGAUUGUGUAUAUGAUUAAUCCCUUUGCUGACAAAGGCUGGAACUUCUGGCAACAAAGAGGUAAAAACAGCUCCUUUAUAUCUUAAUUUUGGUUGCUAAAACAAUUCCAUGGCCAUUUUUGACUCUGGCCAUUUUGUGUUUACUGAUUAAGUAUUAUAUCUGAAGAACUGAGUAUCCAUGUAGGUCCGACAGACCAUCACCAGUUUAAGUAAUUUAUUUAGAAAUGAAUAUCCCUGUCUAGGGAGACAAAUGAUAGGGAAUGGUUCUGUUUUUGAUUAUGCAAGUAAACCAGAUUCAUAAGUAAAUUACAAAUGUAUGCAUAAGAACAACCAUGAUUUAUUUAGCCAGUGGUUGCCUUUUAACCCUCUCUACUGCCAGCUAGAAAGGGUGGGGAGGAAGUGUCCUUUCCUUGCAAUCUUCCCGAAAAACCCUAUAAUAUAAUUUUAUUUAAAUCCAAGCAAUAGGUGACACAGACAUUGUUAUAACAAUGUAUUACACUUGUUGAUGUCUAGCUGUUUGAAUAUAUUAUUUGUAAUGUAUAUUUCCAGCAUCUAUGUGCACUGAAAAUAUUAAACACUGAAAUAAAUGUUAUUUUGUAA